AUGCCCGCAUGUGUUCAACAGUUUCUGUUUGAUGAUGUCAUGGAGGCAGAACUGAUCUGUGACUGAUAGAGAUCGCCAACUUAAAAAGAAAUUGGAACUUAAACAAGGAAAUGAGCUCAUGAGAGCCUCACUGACUUUAUGAAUAUUCAUUCAACCAUUAAUAGACACUAGGAGGAGCUAAAUAGAGGAGAAGCUGAAGCAGUUUGGUCAGAAACUCAGAAAGUAGAGCAUUGUAGUAAUCAUGAGUUCUUCACUCCACUCUUCUUCUUCAUCAUCAGCUCACUCUGACAGUUUAUCAACCUAUUCUUCAGCUUCGUCUUUCUGUUCUGCAUCCUCUGGUAUCAGCAGCUCCAGCAGUUCCAGUAGCUCCAGCACAAACUCCUCGAGUAACCUCCUCGUUUUCUGUAAGAACUGCAGAGAGCCUUUGUCAGCUGCGUGUCUGGCAGAAGGAAAUCAUCAGAAACACAAGUUCUUGAGUCUGCAGGAUGCAGUGGUCAGUCAGACUGAGAAACUCUCCAGAGAUUCCAAACACCUGAAAAACAUAUACAAAACCUGCAAGAACAUAAAGCCGAAGACAUCCAAAGCCAGGAAACAAUGCAAUGAUACUUACGAGAAGGUUACAGAGACCAUAGAUGGCCUUUACCAAGAUCUCUGGGCACUGCUGAGUCAGAACCAAAUGCAGGCUUUGAACUUACUGGAUGCCGAAAGAGAAACACUGAAUAAAAGUCUCAGUCAGUUUGAAUAUCAGGAUACAUUAACAGACAUUCAGGAAACAAUUCAGCAGCUGGAGAACCAACACACAAUGGAACAACAGACUCAACUGGAUGACAUCAAGAAACUGCAGGAGCGUCUGGAAGACAUGGAGAAGUUGUUUUCUGCUCUGACAGAAGAGACUGAAUGUGAUGAUAAUGCACAGAAAAUGUUUGAUGGCACAAGGAUCAGAGCUUUGGAGGAGUCCGUCAAAAUUAUCUUCCAGAAGAUCACAGAGCUCCUGCCUCAGCCUUGGGAGAUUUCAGAUGCAAUCACUUUUGACAAAGGGAAAAAGCACAAUGCCCUGACGUUCUGUGAGAAGAGAAUGCAGCUGUUCCUUCAAAACUCUACUUCCACUCAGACAAACAGACACACAGAGACAUGGUGCAGCGCAGUGGCGGAUAAGAGCUUCAAUACAGGUCAGCACUACUGGGAGGUGGAGGUGGAGGGCAGUCAGAGCUGGUCGGUGGGGAUAGUGUAUGAGGACUGGCUGAAGAAUAAAGAAAAUCAGCUAAACCAUCCUCUGGGCAGAGACUGUUCGUCCUGGGCCUUAGAGUGUGAUGAAGGUGAUCUGGUGGCUCUGCACAGUGAUGAGGUCAGCGCAGUGAAGAGCUGCAGUGUGAGCAGGCUGGGGGUGUGUGUGGACUAUGAUAAAGGAAAACUGAAGUUCUAUGAUGUAAACUCAGCGAAGUGCCUGCAUGUGACCGGAUUUGACCCCUCAAAACCAGUUCACCCUGCCUUCAGCCUCCGAAAAACAGGCCUCAAAAAGACCUCUAGCCUCACCAUCUGCAAACUCUUUCCCUCAUCUGAGAACAGAUAUUUAGAGGACAAUGAGGAGGAGGAAGACACCAGCAGAAACAAUCUGAGAACUUCAGCUGAUGACCAGGUUUCAGACCUGGCUGAUUCUGUUCAGAGUCUUACACCAAACUAGGUGGACACUUUUCAUCCACAUUGUAUCUACUUUAUAUUUCUAUAUAUAUCUGGGUCAUUCUUUUGUUAUAUUCACAAAAAACUAUAAUUGUUUUUUGUGCUACUGUUAACAGUAAUAAAGUCAAUUGUACAUAACAUCUAUUUGCUGUACAAUACAUAAUUUCAGUAAUAAAAAAACAUUUUAUAAUUAUGUCUGUUUCCUGGCCAACCCUUUAUGGAUUCUGUUAAAAAUCCUAAAUAAAGUCUACAAUCAUCUGAUGUGCACCCAGUUUCUUCUGGACAACAUUCCAAU